UGUUUGUUGGUCGCGUCAGUUGAGCGACCGACGCGACUGUGACCACACGCCCGGGCCGUCCGGACACGUUCUGACACGCGCGACACCACGUGACUUGCAACGUCACCUCUCUCGUUCCUUGUUGUCCGAUGCGCGAACUUUUUUGUGAAGUUUAAAUAUGUGAUAUGAUAUAUGAAUCUCAUCAUUCUUGACUGUCACCAUGAUGUAUGUUACAGCGAUUGUGUGUGCCUUCCUGUGGCUGCCGGGGCCUUCCUGCACCAACUCUGAUAAUUUCGCUCUUCUCGGAGGCACACUGAAGACGAUGCAGCGAGCAGCUUGUGACGACGAGAUCGUCGCCCUGGCCUGUCCUACCAGCACUACCAUCAGCAUCCAAGUGGCACAGUACGGGAAGGCAGCCCCUGAUGGACACAACUGCAUCGUCGACAGGCCCAGCUCUCAGGCUAUCGAUGUCGAAGUUGCUGGAGAAGAGAAAUGUCUUUGGCCUAAUUCUAUGCAGUACUCACUUCUCCAAACCGUAGUGGAGGCGUGUCAGAAGAAGCCGUCCUGUAAAUUUAGUACCAAGCCGAAGCCGGGACUAGUGGACCCCUGUCCCUUUGCUAGGAAAUUCGUUGAAGUCGCCUACAGAUGUCGACCAUAUGAAUUCCGCAGUCGGACGGCGUGCGAAGAUGACGUUAUCCAACUGAGUUGCAACCCGUUUAGAAGAGUGGCAGUGUUCGACGCUCAGUACGGAAGGACUGCGUACGAAUCGGUCACGUGCCCACAGACGCAAGGAGUGCCUGAUGAGACUUGCAUGGCGCCCCACGUGGCUGAGACGGUGAUGCAGAUAUGCCAUGGCAAGAGACGGUGCACCAUCACAGCCAACAGCAAGACUUUCGGCUCCCCCUGCCUUUCUGACUCCAGGACCUAUCUGAAAGUCAUCUAUGCUUGUGUACCACUGGGAGUGCUUUCGGAGAAAUAUGAGAGUGCUGCUGAGAAAGAUGAAAUGGAUGGAAACAGUGACAGAAAUGACGACGACGACUCGUUCGAUGAAUCAGGUGAAGUUGGUGAGAAGUGGUCGGAACCAAAUGCAAUUCCACCAAUCGCUGAUCCCGCUCUUCAACCCCUACCUGAUGUUGAUGCGACACCACCGCCGAAGUCAGAAGACCCUGGGAUUAAAAGAUCAGUUCCUAACGUUGAAAGGCCUUCAGAGACACAUUCACCAACAUCUUUGUUCUACUACAUCGGUGCCGGGUUGGCAGUCUUCAUCAUCCUUAUCAUCUUAUUGGUCGGGGUCCGCUGCUAUAUCAUCCGCAAAUCAUCGAGGAACUCCAAAACUGCUGAUAUGUUCACCACUGAGACGCCAAACGUGUUCAACGACGCCGUAUCAGACAUCGACAACGAUAUUGAUGUCAGCCACAUUUCUGGAACCUUCUACGACCCUGUGCAUCCAGACAUGAUUCUAUAUAGGGACAUGCCUGGUACCAAAGGCACCAUUAGAGCCAUGAGGCCUUUAUCGACAAUAUACCCAUGUGCUGGGGCGAGUAUGUACGGCAAUGCCGAUUUCCUCCCUACGUCCAGAGAACCCCAAAGAUUCAAAGACGAGGAGAAUCGAGAGACUUUAAGUCCAAAGAGUCUAGGGAGCUAUUCGAACUCUCAGUUCUACUACGGCUGACGUCACGAUUUAGGAGGCAACGAUGAUUCCUCCAGGACGUACUGCUUUUAGUGGGGCAGGAACUUUGUGAGUGCAUUUCGUGCUUAUGAAGCCCGAGUGUCGUGUGAACGUUUGUAAAUAUUACGAGAGAAUUAUAAAUGUUUAUGGUCAGUUGAUCGUGCGUGAUAUUUAGAUACCCUCAAUACACGUAAUGGCUUUAGUAGAUGAGGUGAUUUUGGACAGUUUGUUUGUUUAAUUUUUUUUUUGACGUGACUUAUUGUACAUUUGCCGCAGAGAACUACUUGGCAUAAGUAAACUAUAAGUAAGUAGUUUAGUCUGUCGUCCAUAAUAAACAUACUUAUACAUUUAUCGUCUAAUUGUACUAACACAUUUCCAGUCCGAAUUACUACGUCUACUAAAGUUGUCUUUUAAAGAGAGAAACUAUAGUCAUAAUCAGAAUUUUAUCCACGAUUUUGAGUCGAUUACUUGCAAAAUUAGAUGUAUACUGGACAUAUCGAAAACUUAAAGCACAUUUUAAAUUGUUCAACUUUUCGUUAGGAAACGAACUGUCUGUGAUUUGUAUUUUUUUAAUAACUAACCAAAGGUUCGUUAGUUUAUUAAAUUGCAUAAUAAAAAUAAUUAUAAUGUAAAUAUUUAUAAUAAAUAUUGGCACAUUAUAAUAAGCUUAUCAAAAUCACAUUAAGGUACUUGAAUUAUUUAAGCCAUAUAACGUACGGGAGUACGUAUUUUUAUCAUCUGCCUCAAACAAAGCGUCGUCAUCAUUAUUCAUUACUUUUAACGUAUUUAACUUAAAUGGAACAUUCCUGUAGGAUGAGUUUGUGAAUUUUUUUACAACUUUUUUCAAUAAAAAGUUUCGAAA